AUGACAACUACAUCCAACUCUAACAGUAUUUAAAUCCCACUUAAGUCUAACUAUUAAGAACACCAGCCAUUAAAUAACAAUUAUUAAUCUAGCGUUAACUUCAACUAAUUUAAUGCAUACUACAAUAAUCAGAAUGAAUUUGAGUAGCUUUUGUUGACGGCCAACAAAAAGCAAUUCUGCAACAUUCUCUAGACCUAGUUUUACUAUGAAGGAAUCAACGACCUCUAGUAUUCACAGUAUACUUAAGAUAGCACACCUAAAAACUAAAACAAUAAAAGUCAAUCAGCUGCUGCUUUCAACAAGCAGAAAUAAGUUAGCAAACUCAAAGAUAGUCUAUAAGAUCCUGAGGAAUAAAGACUUAUUUAGUAGAAACUAGAAGAUUAGCAGCGACAACUUUAAGAUGCAGACAUGUUUGAAAUAAAUGAGCAAGAACAGUACUUUGAGUAAUUCAGAGAUUCAAAUUAAAAGAAGCCAAAGAUAGGUCAGAAUUACCAAGUCCAUGACAUUCCAUUAAUAACAGAUAUUUAGGAUUUUGAAUACCUCUAAUAUAAGGAGUAGAGGAUGAUUGACUAAUGUCACGUUUGUUGGGAUCCCUCCAAAAUUUCUGAAGAAGCACUAAAGGAGUAUCUGAAAAAUAUUGAACUAAUCUGGCCUCAUGACAUUUACCACUAUCAAGAAGAGUCAGCAUUACUUUAUUUGCUUUUAAAAAACUAUGAUGUCUAAUUAGCCUUAACUAGCAUUCUGUAUAAUCAUGAUGAACUAGUCAAACUUCUUAUGAUAAUCAAAAGGAAAAAGAAGAGAGAAGGUUUCCUUACAAAUAAACUGGUUAAAUAAACAAACAAGCUUUAAAGUAAUAGUCGAGUUUUAAGAGAUAGAAAGAAUUACCAAAGCGAAGAUAGUUAAGAUAAAGAGUAUUUCUAAUGA